AUGUCGUCCGACUACAAGACCCAGAAAGGCCAAGAUUUCGACCGCGCAGCUUUCGAGUCCCUGCUGAAGCGCAAAGUGUUCCUGUGGCAAUCAUUCGAGCCCUAUGGCGCUGUCAAAGGUCUCUUCGACUAUGGCCCGCCCCUGGAGACGCUGGAAGCCGAGGUCAUCAACAUAUGGCGCGACCACUUCAUCAGGACGGAGAAGAUGAUGGCUUUGAAGUGCUCAAUGCUUACUCCCUUCGAAGUAUUGAAGACUUCUGGCCACGUCGACAAGUUUGCAGACUACAUGUGCAAGGAUCCAAAGACUGGCGAGAUUUUGCGAUCGGAUCAUCUGAUUAAGGACGUAAUUGAGCAGCGCCUCCUGUCUGACAGGGAAGCACGUGGCGAGAAGAUUGAGGUGGCUGAGGAGGAUCCCAAGAAAAAGAAGAAGGCAGUAAAGGCUGCGAAGACUGCUGUAAAACUUGAAGACGCGCAGCGGAAAGAGUAUGAGCACAUGCUCGCAACCCUCGAUGACUGCACUGGCGACGACAUGGGUGCUCUGAUCAAGAAGCACGACAUCAGGAACCCAACCUCUGGCAACGAAGUCGAGCCUCCUGUUUCGGUCAAUCUCAUGUUCCAGACACAGAUCGGUGCCACCGGUAAGGAGCCUGCCUUUCUACGCCCAGAGACUGCACAAGGCCAGUUCCUAUCAUUCCAAAAGCUGCUUGAAUAUAGCGACGGCCAGCUCCCCUUCGCGUCUGCAUCAAUCGGCUACUCUUUCCGCAACGAGCUGUCUCCUAGAUCCGGCCUUCUGCGAGUUCGAGAGUUUUUGAUGGCUGAAGUCGAGCACUUCGUCGACCCUGAAAGCGGCAAGCGGCAUCCAAAGUUCCACACUGUCAAGGACGUCAAGCUGCCUCUUCUCUCCCGCAAGACCCAGAACGAAGGUGGCUCAAAACCCACAGUCAUCUCUAUCGGCGAAGCUGUGGAGACCAAGCUGGUCGACAACGAGACGCUCGGCUACUUCCUUGUCCGUAUCAUGUACUUCAUGCAGAAGAUCGGCAUCGACAUGGGCAAGCUGCGCUUUCGACAACACAUGCAGAACGAAAUGGCUCACUACGCUGCCGACUGCUGGGAUUGCGAGCUGCAAAGUUCCUACGGCUGGAUUGAGUGCGUUGGCUGCGCUGACCGCAGUGCGUACGAUCUCAGCGUGCACAUGAAGGCGACUGGCGUGCCAUUGCAAGUACGGGAGCCCCUCAAAGAGCCCUACAGAGUGGAAGAGUGGACUGCAGCGCUCGACAAGAAGAAGUCUGGCCCUAAGUUCAAGAAGGAUGCUGGUAAGGUGCAGUCCGCGCUCGAUGCUUUGACGCAAGACAUGCGUGAGAAGCUAUCCAUCUCAAUGCAGAAGGAGGGCAAGGUCAGCGUCGAUGUCCCUGAGAUGGAAGGCGGCAAGGUUGAGCUCGAGAAGGACAUUGUGAGCUUCCAGAAGGAGAGUCGGAUAGAGACCAUGCGUGAAUACAUCCCGAACGUCAUCGAGCCUUCGUUUGGUAUCGGGCGGAUACUGUACAGUCUGAUGGAGCACGUCUACUGGACUCGAGAAGGCGAUGCUGCAAGAUCGGUCAUGUCCUUCGCCCCCACCGUCGCCCCAAUCAAAGUCCUCGUCGUCCCGCUCCAAAAAGACGCCAAAUUCGCCCCUCUCCUCUCCCACCUCGAGCAGCGCCUCGACGACGACGCCAUCUCCUUCCGCGUCGACCAGAGCGGCGUCAGCAUCGGCAAGCGCUACUCGCGUAACGACGAGCUGGGCAUUCCGUUCGGCAUCACGGUCGAUUAUCAGAGUUUGGAGGAUAACUCUUUCACGCUGCGGGAUCGCGAUAGCACGAAGCAGGUGCGGGCGAGUUUGGAUCAGAUUCUGGAGGCGGUGGCGAAGAUGUGUAGGGGCAAGGAGAGCUGGAAGGAUGUGCAGGGGAGGUUGCCGGUGUUUGAGAGUGAGGGUAAGGAGGAGUAG